GAGAUUGUCAGAGUGCGCCCAUUGAAGACUGCGCGAGAGUGUUUGUUCGCAAAUAAGGAAGGUGAAAAAGUUUUUUUUAUGUGAAAAUUCACAUUAAAAAAAUCCCAUUCACCAUCUUCCACGCAUCACAAAUAAAUCGUCCAUUGGACCCCGGUCCAAUUGUACGUGUGCAUUUCGUGAUAAACCAUCAAAAUCCUAAUUGAAAAAGUGCGUUUCUGUCCGUGGUGUGUCUCAAAACCAAAAAAAAACCUAUCUCUUUGUCGCUGGCGAGAAGUGUCUGAAGUAAAAAAAAAAAAAACGACGAGAUUAUUUCAAGAGUGAGUGAAUUUAGGAGACUACCUGAGCAAUAAUGUGGUGAAAGAAAUUUCUCAAUAAAGUUGCAAUUUUUUUUUCCUGUGGAUUUGCCCAAAAAUUUUCUUGGACACAAUUUCAGAAGUGGGACUUCCCAUAAGGAGAAGUGCAAAAAAAAAUUUCAAAGUGCAGAUGAAAUCCAAGGAGAGUAAAAGCUUUAAAAAAACAUGUGAAAUCGAAAUUUUUACUCUGUGACCCAGAAUUUAUUAGUGAUCAAGAAAUAAAAAGUAGCAAGAUCUUGUAACAAGUGGUAUUCCGGUUGAAAGAGAGAUUUUUUUUUAAAGAAAGUGUCUCGCAGGAAUCCAUCCGGAAAAUUCAACCCUUCGAAUGUGAAAUUAUCUUUUUUGAAUCAAAAAAUUUAAGCAUCCACUGUACCAAAAAAAAAUUGUUGAUAGAGUGAAAAUUGUGUAACAUAGCGUCCUUUAAAAAAAUAAUGCUAUAAAUAGCCAAUUGAAUCAUUUGGGGAAGAAAUUAAACAACCGUGCGACCUUUCUAAAGUGAAAUUAGUAGUUUCAAGUGAAAAUUUGAGUGUUUUGAAAGGAAAGUUAGACAACACUCUUAAAAAAAAAUGCCUGGAUUAAUUGGUGUUGGAGAGUUUGUGGAUGAAACCCGAGAGGAUUACAAUUCCCCAACAACCUCAACAUUUGUCUCCCGAAUGCCACAAUGUCGUCAAACAAUAUCUGCCCUCGAAGAGACACUGGAAUUCGACAGAGAAGGAUUGACAAAGCUAAAGAAGGCAAUUAAAGCCAUUCACAAUUCUGGAAAUACUCAUGUGGAUAAUGAAAUGUGUCUUGUACGAGCACUUGAGAGACUAGGAAGUGUGGCUCUGUCGAAGGAGGAACCCGAUAUUGGGGCUGCUUUUCUUAAAUUUUCUGUCGUCACCAAAGAACUUAGUGCUCUCAUGAAGACACUCAUGCAGAACAUCAGCAAUAUUGUCAUGUUUCCCGUUGAUUCAUUCCUCAAGUCUGAACUGAGGGGGGUCAAAGGUGAGAUGAAACGUCCAUUUGACAAGGCUGCCAAGGACUACGAGUCAAAAUUCCUCAAAAUAGAAAAGGAAAAGAAAUCUCAGGCCAAGGAAGCAGGGUGGAUAAGAACGGAAGUAACACCAGCUGAAAUUGCCGAUGAGAUGGAAAAGGAACGUCGGGUUUUUCAGAUACAAAUGUGUGAAUAUUUAAUAAAAUUCAAUGAGAUCAAAACCAAGAAGGGAAUCGAGUUACUUCAACAUCUUGUGGAAUAUUACCAUGCUCAAAACAACUACUUCAAAGAUGGUCUGAAGACAAUCGCCCACUUUGGCACUUACAUUGAUGAUCUGAGUGCCAAGCUACAGAGUAUAAAACAGAAGCAGGAUGAAGAACGAAAACGCCUCCUUGAACUCAGAACACUCUUACGCAGUACGCCGGAUUUUGAUCGUGUAGAACACGUGAUAACGGACAAAGGAGCCGGAUACUCCUUGCAUCAGUUGCAGGGUGAUAAGAAUCACGGAGUCACGAGAUCAGGGCAUUUACUGAAGAAAAGCGAAGGCAAGGUCAGACGCGUGUGGCAGAAGAGACGCUGUCGCGUAACAGCUGAUGGCUUUCUAGACAUUUGCCAUGCGGACGAAACAAAACCACCAACUCGUGUAAAUCUGCUCACGUGCCAGAUUAAGCCCGUUCCUGAUGACAAGAGAGGCUUCGAUCUCAUUAGCUACAAUCGCCCCUAUCACUUUCAAGCCGAAGAUGAGGCUGAUCAAAAAGCCUGGAUGGCGGUAUUGGUGAAUUGCAAAGAAAAAGCCCUUGCUAAGGCUUUUCAGCAUGCCAAUCCGCAGAUGUCACCCAGUUUGAUUGAACUACAAAAAACGGUGAUACGAUACGUUCAGAAUCUACCGGGGAAUGAUCAGUGCUGUGAUUGUGGUUCUCGGAAUGACGUCACAUGGAUUAGUCUCAACUUUGGUGUUCUAGUUUGUAUCCAAUGUUCCGGAGUUCAUCGUGAUCUCGGUGUACAUCAUUCCCGCAUCCAAAGCUUAACCCUGGACAACCUCACGACAGCACAUCUCCUGAUAGCCCGAGCUAUGGGCAAUAGUCAGCUGAACGAGGUUAUGGAGGCUACCCUGGGAAAGAUGAAGCUAACUCCGGACAGCACAAUGGAGGAGCGCUAUGACUUCAUCCGUGCCAAAUAUGUGGCUAAGCGCUAUGUGAUGCGAACCUGUGCUGACGAUCGAGAUCUUCGUGCUGAUCUCGAGCAAGCUAUCAUCAAUGCCGAUCUCAGUCUGUUGCUGCAAGUCUGGGCAGAAGGAGCUGACUUCACCUGUGUUCUGCCAUCAUCGGAUUUCGGUGAGACUGCCCUACAUUUGGCCGUUCUCCGCGAAAUGGGUUCCACUCUCCACAUUGUAGAUUUCCUAAUACAAAAUAUGCCAGCUCAUGGUCUCAACAAGACCACAAAUCCACCAGGACCAAUGGAUAUGUCCGGCAAAAAUACACCUCUUCACUUAUGUGCUUUGCACGAUCGCCAAGAAUGCAUGAAACUCCUCCUGAGAUCAGGAGCUGAGUAUGAAUUGAAGAACUCAAUGAACAAAACGCCACUGGACAUUUCCAAAGAGAUGGGACACGAUGCAUGCCGAGAGUUGAUAGAGUGUGCCAUAAGGCGAGAAAAGAAUGCAUUCGAUCACAUUAAUACCGAUUGGAAUCUACCACCGGACGACGGAAGCACAGAUUUCAGUGAUGAUGACACCGUAAUUGAUGAGAGAAAGUCCCGAAGUCGCCCACCAAGCUACGCCGGAGGAGAUUCACCCGUAGCACUUCGUUCCCGCUCCUCCACAUGCGACAGUAUUCAAAGUGGCUCAAGUCCCAGUUCAAGUUGCAACCCAAGAGCCGGAACUAGUCCGAAAAACCAGAUUUACUUCCCACAGAACACAGCCGGUGGCUCCAGUCCCAAUUCCAUGAGUGCCAUGAAACAGGUGACCAGUCAGCCGACAACCAGGAAGUCCACCAAUGUGGGCAAUGUUGGAUCACUGAAGAAACGUACAGCACCAGCUCCACCACCCACCUCAGCUGCCCUCCAGCAACAAACAAUCUACGGAACCCUUCCGCAUGCUCAACGCCAUGUUGAGUCCAGUGAAGCACGCUCCGGAGGCAGUUCGGGUACACAGAAAACCACCGAAAUGUACAGCACUCUGCCACAUCUAAGGAAUGCCUCAUCCGUUGACAGUGGCAGUGGAAAACCCAUGGCAUUCCAUUACGAUAAUAAGACUUACGAACGCUUUGAACCACUUAUGCCAGCGUCGCAGCAAGCCAGAUACGAUAAGCACAAAUAUGACGUCACAAAUGAUCCAUCGGGAAAUCUCUUACCGUGUUUUGGCACCCACAAGAGAUCCCCAAGUGGAGAAUCCAUUGGAAGCAGAAAUAUUCACUUGGCUGGAGCUAAACUCGUCCUGCCAACUGGAGAAAUUCCAACACUUAAGCCAGUCGAUAAGAAUGUACUGAGACCACGUCUCCCGCCGCCUGGACCACCCAACAAUGGACAUGCUACAUCAUUGGACCGAGGCAUGUCUAAUGGGCAGUCAAAUGAGAGUAUCAGUUCACUGGAUGAUGGAGGACCAACUGCACCACCGAGGAAGCGUAAAAGCACGAGAUUGGCAGUGAACAAACCCAUGAAUUUAAUGUUAAUGGAUCAGCAACAAUCUCCUUCGCGAGGAAGCGAUUUCGGCGAUUUAUUGGAUUACUCGAGAUCACUAGAUUUGGACUUAUCAUCAGGUCUCUUGGAUAAUUCACUGGAUUCCAGUGAAGGUGGAAAUAUCAUGAUAGACACCUCUUCGCCAAAUUAUAGUCACUACAAAACUUCAUCUGGGAGGGGCAGUAACCAUUCACAGAAUUAUAGUACCACCGGAUACCGAAGAUGUCGUGCUCUCUACGAUUGCAAUGCAGACAAUGAUGACGAGCUGGAAUUCAAGGAGGGCGAGAUUUUGAUAGUGCUCAAUGAGAAAACCGACGAUGAGAACUGGAUGGAAGGCGAAAUUGAGGGUGAUAGUACGAGACGUGGAAUGUUUCCUGUAAGUUUUGUCCACAUGUUGCCGGAUUAAAAAAAUCAACUUUGCCCCAAGAGUCAUUGCUCAAAAAAACAAGAUCAAACCUUUUUUUUCCAACCAAAUUUGACAAGAAAACAAUAAGAUGGAAACAAGAAUAAAAAGAAACUACAUAAAAUCACAAACAUUUUUUUCCUAAAGAAAAAAGAAUACUAAAAUGGAAAAGAACAAUGAAAUUAAACUGAAAACAAUAUACAUGCUGCCAUAUUUGUAAAUAAUUAUUUAGAAUGAUCAAGAAAAUAUUCAAAAAAUCAAAUUAAAAACUGUAGUAAUUUUGAAAAAAAACAGUAACACAAAAAAGUAUCAAAAUCUGAGAAACAAGUCCACAAUAUUGUAGAGAGAGUUACAAAAAAAAAAGUAGAGUAUAAACAGAUAUUAGAAAAGAAAAAUCAUAAUAAAUGUUGAAGUAUGAAUUAAGGAACAAUGUUCAAAAAAAGACGCUUGUUGUAAAUGUUUCUUUUUGUCCGUUUUGAGGGUAGGAAAAGAAGACCAUAUGAAUAGAGAUUUCCUGGAGAAUCGAGAGAGUAUUAUUAAAAAAAAAAUUGAAAGAUAAAAAUAAAUAUUAUGAGAUUAGAAUCAGAUGAAAAAAUAUUUAAAAAAAAGAGAGAGGUAACUAUUUAGAAUGAAAAUAAAGAAAUAAAAAAAAACACGUAUACAUGAUAUUGUGAAUGUUGUAACGUUUAAUUUUUUUUUAAUAGUUCUUAAGAAAAGAGAAAAGAGUUCACUAUGAGACAGAAAUUUAAGUUACUAUUACAUUUUUUCAUGUUGUUAUUACAAUGCUUCUUUUUCCCUUGAAUUUUGUGUCUACUUUCCUAUUUUUUUACACCAAACAUUUUUUUAUAACUUUUUUUUUAUUAUUUUUGCUCUAUUCUUAUCUAUUUCUUUUUUUUUAUACUGUAAUCUAUUUUUUAUAUAUAUAAUUCAUAUUAGUUUCCCCUGUUGACACAAAAUAACUCACAUAAGAGACUUUCUUUUUUGUCAAAAUACUCGAUAUUUAGUGCGAUAAAAUGACGAAGCAAACGAACUUUGGAGGAUAAUAUAUGACAAAAUUUUAUCUUAUGAACCAAAGAAUGAUAUCACUGUAAGGAAAAGUGAAUUUGUGUAUUCGAAAAAAAAAUAAUUAUUAUAGUUCGCUUCUCUCAAAUUAAAGACAUGAUACAUCAAUAAUCGCAUAAAA